AUGAGAACCUUGACCUCUAAAGCGGAACAGAAUAAAAAACUGCAACGUCCAAGACCUCUGCGAACCUGUAGCAGCCAAGACAAACUACAUGCCGAACCCUCAUCAGAAAUGAAUCAUUCGCAAGACUCAACGCUCUUAGUGAAGGCUAUUAGCCAUGACACUCUUUAUCAGAAAAUUAAUGAGAUAAAACUGCAACAACUAAGACCUCUGCGAACCUCUAGCAGCCAAAACAAUCUACCUGCAGGGUCCUCAUCCGAAAUGAAUCAUUCGCAAGACUCAACGCUCUUAGUGAAUGCUAUUAGCCAAGAAACUCUUGAUCAGAACAUCAAUGAGAAAAAACUGCAACCACCACAACCUCUACGGACCUGUAGCAGCCAAGUCAAACUACCUGCAGAACCCUCAUCCGAAAUGAAUCAUUCGCAGGAUUCAACGAUCUUAGUGAAUGCUAUUAGCCAAGAAACUCUUGAUCAGAACAUCAUUGAGAAAAAACUGCAACCACCACAACCUCUACGAACCUGUAGCAGCCAAGUCAAACUACCUGCAGAACCCUCAUCCGAAAUGAAUCAUUCGCAGGAUUCAACGCUCUUAGUGAAUGUUAUUAGCCAAGAAACUCUUGAUCAGAACAUCAAUGAGAAACAACUGCAACGACCAAGACCUCUGCAAACCUGUAACAGCCAAGACAAACUACCAGCAAAACCCUCAUCCGAAAUGAAUCAUUCGCAAGGCUCAACGCUCUUAGUGAAUGCUAUUAGACAAGAUACACUAGAUCAGAACAUAAAUGAAAAGUUGAUAGAAAAACUUAAAGGCACAUGCGCCAAGAUGAAGCAGUGCGGUCAACAGCUUGAAUACACGCAUAAAGAUGUACUAAAUCGAACAUUCGAAAUAUUUCGUGAUAGUAGCCAAAACGUGAAUCUUGACCCUACGUCAAAAUUGAGUGUUCAAGAAUUAGCCAAACUUAGAGCUAACAAAUGGUCGGAAUGCGAAACAACUCAAAUUGAUUCUGUCGAGCCUGUGACUGAUUCUACUGUGACUUUGCCAACAGACACGAAUGCUAUUCCAAAAUCAUCUUUGACUACUUCUGAAGUGCUUGACCCAGGGGAAAUUUUAAAUCAGUAUAAACUAAGACUGAAACAGAUUAAAUCACAUGGAAAAACCGAUUACAAAACUAAAGAAGAAAUGAUAAGUUUCGAUACUGGAAAAGUCAGUUCUGGAACUGGUAAGAGCAUUGCCAAAAUUAAAAGUCAUCAUGAAGACAAAAUAAAGAGUGAACCACAACUAGCAAGUGAUAUUCGUCACGACAUAGACCAUAUUCGUGAGAAUAAACUUGAACAAAUUCCAGAGUCUAACUCUAACUGGAGCAAAAACAAAGUUUCAAAUGGUCGCCCUAAACUUCUUGACAGCGAAUCGCCGCUCUUAAGAAGGCAAAUUCGUCAACAAACAGACCGAUUCCUUGAGAGUGAACCGGAACGAAUUCCAGACUCCAACUCCAACCCAAGUCUCAAGAAUGUUUCAAAUGGUUGUCCUAAUCUUCUCAACAGUGAGUCCCCGCUCCUAAGGAGUCAGAUUUGUCAACAAACAGACCGAUUCCACGAGAGUGAACGGGAACGAAUUCCAGACUCUAACUCCUACGCAAGUCUCAACAAAGUUUCAAACGGUCACCAUGAACUUCUUGACAGUGAAUCACCGCUCUUAAGAAGGCAAAUUCGUCAACAAACAGACCAAUUCCACGAGAGUGUACCGGAACGAAUUCUAGACUCUAACUCCAACCCAAGUCUCAACAAAGUUUCAAAUGGUUGUCCUAAUCUCAGUGAAACCCCGCUCUUAAGAAGUCAGAUUCGUCAACAAACAGACCAAUUCCACGAGAGUGAACGGGAACAAAUUCCAGACUCUAACUCCAACUCGACUCUAACGUUGGAGUACUCGUAUACAGUGAUUCUAGGCAAGUCGGCCGUCAAGAUGUCAAGUACCGACCUAGAGGCUGUUAACAGUGCCAAGCUGGUUUUGGAGGAAUUUUACAACAUUUGGCAGCAAAGGAAUAGCAUCCGUGACAACUGCGGUGGCACUGCAACUGAUAUGCUGCUUCAACGAAAAACUUCUUCAUCCACCUUAGUGAAACAACCCCCUACCCUCCCAUUGUCUUCCACGACCAUGGCUAACACUCGCAAGUACAGCAAACAUUUCCUUCUGUCCUUGUCUGUGUCGCAGUACUCCCAUUUGAUUCCUGCAGGAUGGGACUCGAUUCGGGAAAGAUAUUCCGUAAUUGUUAAGAAGUGA